UGAGGAGGGAUUUCUGGUUGCACGUCACUUGUGGCAAAACCCUAGAAAAACACAAUGCAGAACGACGCUGGGGAAUUUGUGGAUCUCUAUGUUCCUCGUAAAUGCUCUGCUAGCAACUGGAUAAUUGGUGCUAAAGACCAUGCCUCCAUCCAGAUGAAUAUUUCUGAGGCUGAUAAAGUCACAGGCAGUGUCAAUGGCCAAUACAAAACGUACGCAAUUUGUGGAGCAAUUCGCAGAAUGGGGGAUUCUGAUGACUCAGUCCUGCGCCUUGCAAAGAACGAUGGUAUAAUAUCCAAGAAUUUCUAAAGCAUGAUGAAGAAGCAUGAUGUGAAAUUCGUU